CCCUCCUGAAUCCUCCCCCCCCCCCCCCUCCUCCCUCUCUACAGACGACUUCGUCAACCAUUUCGAAAAGAAGGUCGACGACAUCCGAUCCUCGUUUGCUAAGUCAAACGACACCGCUGGUUCUGCUCACACUGCCCUACCCUGUGCUUUGACCUCUUUCUCCCCUCUCUCUCCAGAUGAAAUCUCGCGUCUUGUGACGGCCGGCCGCCCAACAACCUGCCCGCUUGACCCUAUCCCCUCUUCUCCAGACCAUUUCCGGAGACCUUCUCCCUUACCUCACCUCACUCAUCAACUCAUCCUUGACCGCUGGCUACGUCCCUUCCGUCUUCAAGAGAGCGAGAGUUGCACCCCUUCUGAAAACCUACACUCGAUCCCUCCGAUGUCAACAACUACAGACCAGUAUCCCUUUCUUUUCUCUCCAACUCUUGAACGUGCCGUCCUUGGCCAGCUCUCCUGCUAUCUCUCUCAGAAUGACCUUCUUGAUCCAAAUCAGUCAGGUUUCAAGACUAGUCAUUCAACUGAGACUGCUCUUCUCUGUAUCACGGAGGCGCUCCGCACUGCUAAAGCUAACUCUCUCUCCUCUGCUCUCAUCCUUCUAGACCUAUCGGCUGCCUUCGAUACUGUGAACCAUCAGAUCCUCCUCUCCGAGUUGGGCAUCUCCGGCGCGGCCCACGCUUGGAUUGCGUCCUACCUGACAGGUCGCUCCUACCAGGUGGCGUGGCGAAUCUGUCUCCUCACCACGCGCGCUCACCACUGGUGUCCCCCAGGGCUCUGUUCUAGGCCCUCUCCUAUUCUCGCUAUACACCAAGUCACUUGGCUCUGUCAUAUCCUCACAUGGUCUCUCCUAUCAUUGCUAUGCAGACGACACACAAUUAAUCUUCUCCUUUCCCCCUUCUGAUGACCAGGUGGCGAAUCGCAUGUCUGGCAGACAUAUCAGUGUGGAUGACGGAUCACCACCUCAAGCUAAACCUCGGCAAGACGGAGCUGCUCUUCCUCCCGGGGAAGGACUGCCCGUUCCAUGAUCUCGCCAUCACGGUUGACAACUCCAUUGUGUCCUCCUCCCAGAGCGCUAAGAACCUUGGCGUGAUCCUGGACAACACCCUGUCGUUCUCAACUAACAUCAAGGCGGUGGCCCGUUCCUGUAGGUUCAUGCUCUACAACAUCCGCAGAGUACGACUCUGCCUCACACAGGAAGCGGCGCAGGUCCUAAUCCAGGCACUUGUCAUCUCCCGUCUGGAUUACUGCAACUCGCUGUUGGCUGGGCUCCCUGCCUGUGCCAUUAAACCCCUACAACUCAUCCAGAACGCCGCAGCCCGUCUGGUGUUCAACCGUCCCAAGUUCUCUCACGUCAACCCGCUCCUCCGCUCUCUCCACUGGCUUCCAGUUGAAGCUCGCAUCCGCUACAAGACCAUGGUGCUUGCCUACGGAGCUGUGAGGGGAACGGCACCUCAGUACCUUCAGGCUCUGAUCAGGCCCUACACCCAAACAAGGGCACUGCGUUCAUCCACCUCUGGCCUGCUCGCCUCCCUACCACUGAGGAAGUACAGUUCCCGCUCAGCCCAGUCAAAACUGUUCGCUGCUCUGGCACCCCAAUGGUGGAACAAACUCCCUCACGACGCCAGGACAGCGGAGUCAAUCACCACCUUCCGGAGACACCUGAAACCCCACCUCUUCAAGGAAUACCUAGGAUAGGAUAAAGCAAUCCUUCUGACCCCCCCCCCCCCCCUUAAAAGAUUUAGAUGCACUAUUGUAAAGUGGCUGUUCCACUGGAUGUCAUAAGGUGAAUGCACCAAUUUGUAAGUCGCUCUGGAUAAGAGCGUCUGCUAAAUGACUUAAAUGUAAAUGUAAAGAUACCGUCUCCCGACUUAAACUCUAGACGGUAGAAAUCUAUUACAUUGCUAAAGUCAACUUAUUAACCAUUACAUCGUAUCCUCCUCGCAGCUGCAAGAACCCCAGCCUUAUGAUUCAGUACUACACAAAUUGGUUUAAUUUAUUUACUAGCUAAACACACAGGUCCCUAGCGGACUGACACAAUAUGACGGCUUGUUACGAUGUCUCCCCCACCCAUGGUUCCAUAAGGGACACUUAUCGUUGUUACAUUUUGGCAUGAAUGUAUUUAUGUGGGAUGCCGCCGUGGUUGGGUCUUCUCUCUGAUUGGCUCCCUGAGGUCACAAUGUCAAUAGUUGUCCGUGGCUCAAAUGACUAGUCUUGAACGGAACUUCAGGAUGGAUUUUCCUUUCACUCAUUCUGGAAGAUGGGCUAAUCAACCCUGUCGCUGAUUCCUCAGUGGGUGAUGAGAGUAGGAUGGUUUGGAUAUAGUAUCAGAAUUGUCCCACUGAAGUUAGCUUUUCUAGGUACUUGGCUCACACAGCUAAUCGGCUGUACCAGUGACUGUCUGCCUGAGGGGUGUUUAUUCUCCCUCGUGUUGGUAUUCAGGUUUCGGACCACUUUGGACAUGAGCUGCAGCUCGCCGUCCUUAGGAAGGUGCGUUUUGGAAAGUUCCAACCAUUUCAAAUGUGUAGCUAGCGACUGAUGGUUUUCUGGUCUAAUGUUAAUUUCAGUCACCAAUCCUUUUAUGCACUCUGGCCGCCGGGGACAGUUCUGUCAGUCUGACCCGCUCUCUGAUGUCACUUGUGGCAUGGCUACUUACUAUGCACAUUUUCUAGGAGUUUCUCUAAUAUGUUCAAAAGUGAAUACUGGAACAAUAUUUCUAACAUAAGACUGGUCAGAGAUAGAAAAAGAAUGUAACAUUGAUUUUUAAAAAGGAAAUACUGGAACUAGAAAAGUGCUCACACUACAGGUAGGAAGUCUCGAGCCUUUACAUUGUAUAUGAAAUAUGUUGGGGGUUUUUCAAGACCGAGGUGAAUUUAGGAGGGGUAAGAGUUUUGGUGGGAAAAGCCUGUUAACAAAGACAUUCCUUUAGUUCAUACUGGAGGGGGAGAAGGAACCCACUUCUCCUGUCAAUUUACAAUGGGUUGAAUUGAUCUGAUCCUCACAGGACAGUCAUGACACCACCAUAAGACUUCGUACACAAGGCGGUUGGGGUUUACAGUGUUUUCUUGUUCCUAACUUAGUCCCUCUCUCUACACUGGCAGUUGUGAGAACCCGGAGGAUCCGUACCGUGUAGUCUUCCACCCGGUGGUAGCUGACGCCAGGGUCCACUUCCCCCCUCACGUCAAACGCUUUGAGGUCUAUAUGUUUUCCUUCGUCGAGGAUGCGGUUGAGCCGAGUGGCCAGGUCUUUGUCCAUUGUGAUGUGGUCAUCUGUGACGCCAGUAGUCCCUCUGACGGCCCCUGUAGUGGACAAUGUGUGAAUCAGGACAACUUGAAAAGAGGUCAACGACAUGUCAAAGACCUCUUUGAGGAGCCUCAUUUCUAUGUUUCUUCUGGAUACAUUCUUUGGGUGUAAUGUCUUGUUCUAACAUGUCAAAUAAAGUGUUCUAUAUAACAA